CAAACCUAAAUGCCCCUACAAAACCAUGAAGGAACAGCAAGUACAUAAAGCAGCUCGGACGAGGGAUGUUACUACGCUUAGCAAUAUAUUGCAGAUCGAUGAAUCACAAAUUGGUACUUUAGACGAGAAUGGUGGGACUCCGCUGCACAUAGCAUCGGAGAAUGGACACAAGGACGUGGUUGAGCUGUUGCUGGCCAAGGGUGCGGAUACCCAUGUCAAAGACGAGACUGGUUCGACGCCGCUGUAUUUGGCAUCGAAGAAUGGACACAAGGACGUGGUUGAGCUGUUGCUGGCCAAGGGUGCGGAUAUCCAUGUCAAAGACAACGUAACUUGGUCACCGCUGCGCAUGGCAUCGAAGAAUGGACACAAGGACGUGGUUGAGCUGUUGCUGGCCAAGGGUGCGGAUAUCGAUGUCAAAAACAACGGUGGUUUGUUUUCGCCGUUGACGCCGCUGCAAGAGGCAUCGCAGUAUGGACACAAGGACGUGGUAGAGCUGUUGCUGGCCAAGGGUGCGGAUAUCCAUGUCAAAGACAACUUAGCUUGGACACCGCUGCGCAUGGCAUCGAAGAAUGGUCACAAGGACGUGGUUGAGCUGUUGCUGGCUAAGGGUGCGGAUAUCGAUGUCAAAAACAACGGUUUGUUUCCACCGUUGACGCCGCUGCAAGAGGCAUCGCAGUAUGGACACAAGGACGUGGUUGAGCUGUUGCUGGCCAAGGGUGCGGAUAUCCAUGUCAAAGACAACUUAGCUUGGUCACCGCUGCGCAUGGCAUCGAAGAAUGGACACAAGGACGUGGUUGAGCUGUUGCUGGCCAAGGGUGCGGAUAUCGAUGUCAAAAACAACGGUGGUUUGUUUUCGCCGUUGACGCCGCUGCAAGAGGCAUCGCAGUAUGGACACAAGGACGUGGUUGAGCUGUUGCUGGCCAAGGGUGCGGAUAUCCAUGUCAAAGACAACAAUGGUAUGACGCCGCUGCACGGGGCAUCGCAGAAUGGACACAAGGACGUGGUUGAGCUGUUGCUGGCCAAGGGUGCGGAUAUACAUGUCAAAGACAACUCCGGAUCUACACCCCUCGAACCUGAAGUAGUGGGCGAGAUGCUACAAGAGUUUGGCACCCUGAAGGGCCAAGUAUGUUUGUUGCAGGUGUCGUUAGAAACGUCAGAGGCAAAUGAGGCGAGCCUCACGGAACAAGUGCACACCUUGAAAUUGCAACUGGAGGAGUCGGAGGCAAAUGUUCAAGUUUUUCAGGAUCGUUUUGACUCUUCGCAUUCCAAAGAUGAGGGGGAGGAAGUCAUCGUUCGAAUCGAUCCUGAUACUUGCACACGUGUCUCGGUAGCCUACAUCAACCACCUAACCGAUCAUUUCAGCGACCAUCGGGUGGUGGGCAGGGGGGCGUUCGGGACAGCUUACCGUGGCAUCGACUUGGUGACCAACCUUACGUUGAUCGUUAAGGCACUGCAGAGCGAGACCGACUUUGAAUCGAACCGCACCAGCGUGGAGCACGAGGUCGAGCUGCUAGAAAGAAUCCGACACCCCAAUAUCAUCCGACUAGUAGGCUGGUCACUCAGCCUAGAAACACGGGCGGCGUACCUGGUGUACGAGCACGGUGAGCACGGCAGUCUGGCCGAUAACCUGGUGGACGACACCAAAGCGAGACUCCUUGUCCCGCCCGUGCGAAUGCGCAUUGCGGCCGGCAUCGCCAAGGCGCUCGCGUUCAUGCACAAUCCGAAGCAGGGGGGUGGGCAAGUGUUCCAUCGCGACGUCAAAUCCGCCAACGUCGUCCUGACCGCCACUCUCGAACCCAAACUGAUCGACUGUGGGCUGGCCUUUAUGGUACCAGACGCCCCACAGGCUCUCAAGCACCCCACGUUCACGGUAACCACGCAAGCGCGGCAGCGUGGGUUCGGUACACCGGCCUACUCGUGUCCAAGAUACUUGAUGAAUAACAGUCGCUACGGUGAGCGAAACGAAAUUUAUUCGUUAGGGCUGGUUCUCUCAGAGUUGUUUAGUGGUCGUGUGUUGGAGUCCAUGAGCGAUGAGGAGGACGUUGACGAUUUCCGUAUUGACGCCGAAAGUAGUGGUCUGCACAUCGAUGCACGAUGCGAGAGCGACAAUGCCGCAGCAAAGAGCGCGCUCGAAAACCUGAGGGGUGUGGCGCAACGGUGUCUAGGCAAAUCCAAACACCGACCAUCAUCAAGGGUCGCCAUGAUGGAGCUUGUUGCGCUUGACCGCCAACAACAAGCCAGCAUGACGCCCCAAGAUGCGCAACGACAGACGGAGCACGGAUGGCGGCUGCGCCUUGAGGUGGAGACUCAGCAGCGGCUGCGGCUGGAGAACCAACUGCGGGCUGAAACGGCUGCGUUGAGAGCGUUGCGUGACGAGGCGAUUCGGCGCGAACGAGAUAUUGAAGUUCGCACAGCCGAGUGUCUAGUGUGUUACGAGGAAAUUGUCAUUGGUUCGCACACAGACAGCGACAGCAGCACCGACAAAUUUACGGCGGUCGGAUAUCUGGAAUGCCGUGACGGGCACACUCUCUGUCGUAGCUGUGCCCAGGCACACAUACGCGAGUGCUGUAAUGUAAACUACAACGGGCCGGGGCGUGUCAGGGAUACACACGAGCUGCUGUGCCCCAACCACCCGGGCGAGUGCCUGGCUGUUCCCUACACGAAUGCGCAACUCGCAGCGGUGUUGGGGGCUGCAGCCUACGAGACGUACUUGCGCAGCAUCAUGAUUGUGCGUGAACAGGAACUUGAACAGCAGUUCCGGAACGACCUCGAACGCACGCUGGCAGAACGCCAGCAAGAGUCGGACAUUGACAGGCACGUACGCGUGAUUUGCGAUGAGAUGCUGACCUUACGGUGUCCCAAUAGCCUGUGUCGGAGAGCACUGAUUGACUUUGACGGGUGCACCGCUUUGACAUGCGAUCUGUGCGAUCGAGCCUUCUGUGGCCUUUGCUUGGAGGACUGUGGUCGCGACGCACAUGUGCAUGUGGCCCACUGCCAAUGGAACCCCAAUGAAGACGGUGAUGUUUUUGUUGAAGAGAAAAGUGUAGCAGCGAUUCAAGACCGUGUUAAAGGUGCAAAGAUAGCGGACUAUCUGAACAAUGUACAAUCUCAAGCGGUGAGAAUUGGGGUGGAGGAGAGACUGACAGCCGAGUUAAAAGAGUUGGGUGUUGAGUUGCCGUGA